AACUAUUAAAUUUUAUACAUUUUGUUAUUCAACUUUUAAAAUUUUGUAUAUUUUUUCACUCUUUUGUUUGCACAUAUCAUCUCUUAAACUAUAAAAUAAUUUUAAAAAAUUGUGCAUUAUGCAACACAAUUUUCAAAACAAAAAUAAUUAAUUGCAAUAUAAAUUUAGGAAGUCCACUCUUGAGUCUUGAAUCAGAUCAGAUUCUCCUUUCCUAAACCAAAUUCAACAACGCCUUAACCCGUCGUCAUGGGCGAAAAAGAAAAUCCUUCUGCAGAAUCUGCACCAACCACAACCGUUCCCGCCGUUUCCAGAACCACAAAAAAACCCAAGAAACUAACCCUAAUCCCUCUGAUAUUCCUCAUCUACUUCGAGGUCGCGGGCGGGCCCUAUGGCGAGGAGCCCGCGGUGCAAGCCGCGGGCCCCCUCCUAGCCCUCCUGGGCUUCCUCGUCUUCCCCUUCAUCUGGAGCGUCCCGGAAGCCCUAAUAACCGCCGAAUUAACCACCGCCUACCCCGGCAACGGCGGCUUCGUCCUAUGGGCCUCACGGGCCUUCGGCCCAUUCUGGGGCUCCUUGAUGGGCACGUGGAAGUUCCUCAGCGGCGUCAUCAACAUCGCCGCCUUCCCGGUCCUCUGCAUCGACUACGUCCAGAAAAUCUUCCCCGUCUUCCACUCCGGCUGGCCCCGCCACGUGGCGGUUCUCUCCUCAACCCUCACCCUCUCCUUCCUGAACUACACCGGCCUCACCAUCGUGGGCUACGUCGCCGUUUUACUUGCUGUGAUUUCUCUCACCCCCUUUAUCGUAAUGUCCCUCAUCGCAAUCCCCAAGAUUAAACCACACAGGUGGAUCAGUCUGGGGCAGAAGGGUGUGAAGAAAGAUUGGAACUUGUUCUUCAACACUCUUUUCUGGAACUUGAACUUCUGGGACAACGUGAGUACCUUAGCAGGGGAAGUUGAUGAACCGCAGAAAACUUUCCCCUUGGCUCUCUUUGUGGCAGUGAUUUUCACUUGCGUGUCUUACCUGAUACCACUUUUCGCUGUCACCGGAGCUGUUUUGGUUGAUCAAACUCAAUGGGAAAACGGGUUUCACGCGCAGGCUGCGGAGAUCAUCGCGGGAAAAUGGUUGAAAAUAUGGAUUGAUUUUGGCGCGGUUUUAUCUGCAAUUGGGCUUUUCGAGGCCCAAUUGAGCAGCAGCGCGUAUCAGAUCCUCGGCAUGGCGGAGAUCGGGAUAUUACCGAAGCUUUUCGGUGUUCGGUCUAAGUGGUUCCACACGCCGUGGUUGGGGAUUUUGGUUUCUACCAUAAUAACGAUUGGUGUGUCGUACAUGGACUUCACCGACAUCAUUUCCUCGGCGAAUUUCUUGUACAGUUUGGGAAUGUUGUUGGAGUUCGCCUCGUUUCUUUGGUUGAGAUGGAAAUCUCCUUCCAUUAAGAGGCCUUACCGAGUUCCAUUGAAGCUUCCACUUUUGGUGGUGAUGUGUUUGGUGCCCUCUGGGUUUCUGGUUUUGAUUAUGGUUAUUGCUACGAAAACUGUAUAUUUGGUGAGUGGGGUGAUGAGCGUGGCUGGGAUUGGGUUUUUCUUGUUCAUAAAACUCUGCAAGAGGAAGAAGUGGGUAGGGUUUGAACAAGAGGAAGAUGAUGGCUUUGAAAGGGAUAAUGUGUCUUCGCUGUGUAUAAGUGUAGUAGUCUUAGAUUGAGUCCACUCUCACUCUAGACUAUUUUAAGAAAUUAAAGUUUCCUGUGUAAUUAUUUUUAGAGAAAAAAGACAUGUGCUUGGUCAAUUUUAGUGGA